UUAUAAACGAAAAAGCCUCAACCCAUUGUUUAGCUUUUGUGAUCAGCACCAUCUUUGUUCUUCACCUUCCAAAUCAUAAUCUAAGAGACACACCCCAUUUUCCCUUCUUCCCAAAGUCGCUUCCUUUUUCAGGACUGUGAUAAGAAAUUGUUCAAAGAAAAUUGGCUAAAUAACAUAGUAACCAUUGGGGAAACUUCUUGGCGCAGGAAAUCUAUCAGUCAUUAUUCAGAAUGGCUUCCCCCACCCUCAUCUGUGACACUCAGCCAUGGAAGGAGUUAAAGGCUCAUGUUGAGGACAUCAAAAAGACUCAUUUACGUGAUUUAAUGAGUGAUGAUGAGAGAUCCAAGUCAAUGGUUGUUGAAUUUGAUGGAAUUCUGUUGGACUACUCAAGGCAGCAAGCCACUCUUGAAACAAGAGAAAAACUCUUCAAAUUGGCAGAGGUUGCAUCCCUCAAACAAAAGAUAAACCGGAUGUACAGUGGGGAGCAUAUAAACAGCACUGAGAAUAGAGCCGUACUUCAUGUAGCCCUUCGUGCGCCAAGGGAUGCUGUUAUACAGAGUGAUGGAAAGAAUGUUGUCCCUGAUGUUUGGAAAGUUCUGGACAAGAUUCGGGAGUUCUCUGAUCGAGUCCGCAGUGGAUCUUGGGUUGGAGCUACAGGAAAGGAACUGAAGGAUGUUGUUGCCAUUGGUAUUGGUGGCAGUUUCUUAGGUCCGCUCUUUGUGCACACAGCUCUUCAAACAGAUUCUGAAGCAAUUGAAUCUGCAAGUGGACGUCAGCUACGGUUUCUUGCAAAUGUUGAUCCAAUUGAUGUUGCUAGAAAUAUCACAGGAUUAAAUCCUGAAACAACUCUAGUUGUGGUGGUUUCAAAGACUUUUACUACUGCUGAAACCAUGCUGAAUGCCAGAACACUCAGGGAAUGGAUCUCAUCUACUCUAGGGCCCUCUGCAGUUGCGAAACAUAUGGUGGCAGUCAGUACUAAUCUCGCACUUGUGGAAAAGUUUGGCAUUGAUCCUAAUAAUGCUUUUGCAUUUUGGGACUGGGUUGGUGGCCGAUAUAGUGUCUGCAGUGCUGUUGGAGUGUUGCCUUUAUCCCUGCAAUAUGGUUUUUCAGUAAUUGAGAAGUUUUUGAAGGGAGCUUCGAGCAUUGAUCAGCAUAUGUAUUCUGAAACAUUUGAAAGAAAUAUACCUGUGCUUCUAGGAUUGUUGAGUGUAUGGAAUGUCUCAUUUCUUGGAUAUCCUGCUCGAGCUAUCUUACCUUAUUCUCAAGCCCUGGAGAAGUUUGCCCCGCACAUUCAACAGGUCAGCAUGGAAAGUAAUGGGAAGGGUGUUUCAAUUGAUGGUGUCCCACUACCAUUCGAGGCUGGUGAAAUUGAUUUUGGUGAACCAGGAACAAAUGGGCAGCACAGUUUUUAUCAACUUAUACACCAGGGACGUGUUAUUCCUUGCGAUUUUAUUGGAGUUGUGAAAAGUCAGCAACCUGUUUACUUGAAAGGUGAAGUGGUGAGCAACCAUGAUGAGCUAAUGUCGAACUUUUUUGCACAACCUGAUGCCCUUGCCUAUGGGAAGACCCCCGAACAAUUGCAGAAGGAGAAUGUUCCUGCACAUCUUGUGCCACACAAGACAUUCUCAGGCAAUCGGCCUUCUCUCAGCAUUCUGCUUCCAUCAUUGAAUGCUUAUAAUAUUGGACAGUUGUUGGCAAUCUAUGAACAUAGGAUUGCUGUAGAAGGUUUCAUAUGGGGCAUUAAUUCUUUUGACCAGUGGGGAGUGGAGCUGGGGAAGUCAUUAGCAACUCAAGUGAGAAAGCAACUUCAUGCAUCACGUACAAAAGGAGAACCGGUUCAAGGCUUUAAUUUCAGUACUACAUCUUUGUUAACAAGAUACCUUCAGGCAAGUGCUGAUGUUCCAGCUGAUCCUCCAACUCGUUUACCUCGCAUAUGAGUGCCUUUUUGCGGAAUGUAAAUUUUGAUAAUGAAAUGGAUCAAAGUCAUCUUACCCAUCCCCCUCAUAUAAGCUGUUAUAUAUACCGCAACCUUCAAACUGUUUGUUUUUUGGGCUACUUUUGAGUAGUUUAGCAUGUAACCAACCAAUCAUCCUUUUAUUUUAUUGUGAAAUAAUGUCCUGCGGAAAACCAUGGCUCAGUAUUUCGUUGGAUUUUGAAAACUAUUUCAUGAAUUGUUAAUCAUAGUUUAUCAAAUUCAUGUUUCAUUCCCUGUAUCUGAG